GCGUUAAAUGACAAAUCUAUCAAAACAAGUUUUUUAUUUGUAUUUCAUCAAACCAAAAAUAAAAUGAGAAAUUCUCAUUGUGGAAUUGGGUUGAAAAAUAUAUUUAAUUGAGAUUGUUAUUGAAAAAGAUUCAAUUAAAUCAGAUAUUUCACCAAUCCAGACUAUGCCAGCAAUUCAAAUGUGAGUGUGAUAAGGAUGGAAUGAAUGGAGAAAAAGCAACUGUGAUAACAUGAAAAUCGGGUUUUAGCCAAAAACGGUGCGUAUCUCUUCAUUGAAAUGGAUUGAUGCUUCAGUUCGAUUUAUACUCUUGAUAUUAGUUCAGGCGUCUUUUUCGUUUGUAUGUUGUUUUCGUAUUCAGAACAACGACUUUAAUAGAGGCAGUUGAUCUAGCAUACGUCUGGCAUUGCCGAUCAAGUGAGAAACGAUCACCGCCACAUCUCAAUCACACAAAAACAUCGUCAAACGACAAUACAUCGUUAUAGAUAGAAACGUAUUGGGCAGUAUCAGUUGUUAGUUAUUGUGUGCGUCCUUCCACUAAGGCUGUAUACAGCGCAUUACACCUUAGUUUCUGUCACUUGGAAACGAUUAAUUCAAUUAUAGUUGGUGUUUCCGUGCAUUGAAUGUUAUUUAUAUUGUUGUCACUAAUAUUUGUCGCAGUAAUUUGAAUUUAUUUUUGGGAACGUUGAUAAGCGAGAAAGAAAUGGCCAACGAAUAAGCUAACAAAUAGUGUUUGAAAGGAGUAACACAAAAUUAUCGUCAUCUUCACCAUCAUCACCUCCGGUCAUUUGUUUCAUUGGAAAGGAUGCUAACAUCCAAUUAUACUUGAGCAAAUGGAGUGUAAAUAUUGUGGAGUGUUGUUCAUUUUAAGUGUUAUCACACUAAAUAUUGUGACUGGUCAAAGCAGAUCAGACUAUCAAAUUCCACAGCCAACCGCUGUAGUUUUGUCGCGAGGUUUUCGCAUUUCAAUUCCAGAUGCGAAUGGGAUUCUUCUAUAUGCAUUUCACGGAAAGAUUAAUAAAGAGAUUCAAGCAAAUGAAGUUGGCGACUUUUAUGGGGAAGCUAGAACUAAGUCAAGUGGAUGGUGGUCUUAUGAAAAUAAUCAGUAUCAAUUACAACGUGGGGAUGUCCUUCACUUUUGGAUAUAUGUUCAACAUGGAAACUUUGGGUACCGCUUAGACAAUCAACGAUAUGUAUAUCCAGAUCAUUUUGUUUACGAUUCUCAUUAUGGAGGAUCAAGUGGAUUAAGUGGAUCAAGUGGAUCAGGAGGAUCGAUUGGAUCAAGUGAUGACGUGAAUUAUAGUAAUGGUGGUGUUUCAUCAUGGGAACAAGAAUACACAACACAAAGAACAACCAGAACCACACCAAUUUUCGUUUAUGAAGAGCCAAACAUAUAUACACAACCGCAAACACAAUACCAAGAAUACACGACAAGACCAUCCCGACCAACGGUGAGACCUACACGAACAAGCACAACUAGACCUACUACAAGGUCUACAACAAGAGCUACUUCGACAAACUAUUGGCCCGGAACCACAGAACCAAAUCAUUAUCAUCAACAAAACCAACAGCAACAACAACACCAACAAAUAAAUCAAAACAACCAAUACAAUAAUCAGCAGCAAAGCCAAAAUCAAUACAACGAACAAAAUCAAUAUAAUCAACAAAACCAACAAAAUCAUCACAGUCAACAGAAUCAGAACAAUCAACAAAGUCAUCAAAAUUGUCAGCCAUCUAUAACUACAGUCAAUAGAAAACGUGUCAGUUGUAAGGGAACUUUGAUAUUUGAAGAACAAUUCAAUCAGGGUUUACUUGAUCGUUGGAGUCAAGAUGUUAGAAUGCCUUUAGAAUUUGAGGAUGCUGAAUUUGUGCUUUACGAAAAUUAUCCGAGUGUGUGGAAUGUGUCCAAUGGAAAUUUGAACAUAUUUCCAAAACUGUUGUAUCGUGUUCAUGAAUCGGGAUUUUCAGAAACUGAUAUACGUUCUGGUCAUUUUCUCAUUGACUCCAGGGAGUGUACAUCGUUCAUUGAUCCAAAACAGGAAUGCGAGAGACAAGCAGGAUUGAAACGGAUUUUGCCGCCAGUUGUUUCGACCAAGUUCCGUUCGAAAAAAACAUUCAACUUUAAAUAUGGCAGGGUUGAAAUUCGUGCGAAAUUGCCGAAGGGAGACUGGAUUUUUCCUCAAAUAUUUUUGGAACCAUCAGACAAUAUAUAUAGAGGAACAGGGGACUUGGCUUAUUUAAAUGGUCAAAUUCGUAUCGCCUUCAUUCGCGGGAAUGAAAUCUUAGAAAAAUCAGACGGUAUCCCACUUGAUGGCAAAAUUCUGACUGGUAUUUGUGUGAUCGCCAACGGUGAUACAGUUCGUGAGGCUGCUCGAAAAAGUAUUCAUUUUGGAACGGAGCACUUUGGAAAUGAUUUCCACACGUAUUCGGUCGUUUGGACUAGUUCAAGCAUAAAAUUUUUAGUGGACGGCAUCGAAUUCGGAACGGAUACUGGCGGCUAUAAACAAUUGAAAUCUAUUGCAAAUGCGAUUUAUUGGGAAGCAGGGACAAAUAUGGCACCAUUCGAUCAAGAAUUUCACAUAGCCCUUGGUGUGGGCGUUGGCGGAAAUGCGGAUUUUCCAGAUAAUUCACAGACUGGAUGGCUAAAGACACCAAAACCUUGGGAAAAUACGUCACCAAAGGCAGAACUGAGCUUUUACAUGAAUGCUGAUGAAUGGUACUCAACGUGGAAUAGCCGGGAUUCCGGUCUGAUUGUUGACUAUGUGAAAGUCUAUUCCGUAUAAAAUCAAAGAAAACUGAUAUUUUUGAUAAUUUUCUAUAUUUAUUAAAAUGUGUUUUCAUCCAAAAUCAAAA